AUGGGCGCUGCCGCGGCGGAGGUGGUGGCGCCGAGGCCGCCGUCAGCCAAGAGGAGGUCGACCACGCUCAAGUUCCUGUUCGAGCUCGAGAAGCCGGACGGCGUGCUCCCCGGCACGGCCAAGCUGCCACCGCCGUCUCCGGAGCCCGAGGCGGACAGCCUCAUCGACAAGAUCGCCUCGUGCAACCGCGUGUUCACGUUCGCCGACGACGCGGGCGACGAGUGCGAGGAGGAGCGGGACGCGAAGCGGGAGCGGCUUGUCGAGGUGCUGAGCGCCGUCCGGUCGAGCGGGAGCGGCGGGGGCAGCAAUCAGCAGCCGCUGGACCACCGCGUGAUGGUGUCGCUUGUGAAGAUGGUCGGCGCCAACCUAUUCCAGGAAAUGCCGCCGUCGGCGUGCCCGGCGCUGCUGCCCCCCGACGGCGUCGACGAGGAGACGAACGUGAUGGUGCUGGCCCCGUCGUGGCCGCACCUCCAGGUGGUGUACGACAUCCUCCUGUCCGUGGUCACCGCAUCGGACGCCAAGACGCUGCGCCACCACGUGGACCGCGCCUUCCUCUCGUCCCUCCUCGCGCUGUUCCGCUCCGAGGACCCCCGGGAGCGCGACCGGCUCAAGACCGUGUACCACCAGCUCUACUCCAAGCUCACCUGCGAGCGCGCCUUCAUGCGGCGCUCCAUGGCCGCCGCGUUCCUGCGGUUCGUCUACGAGGCGCCCGCCGCCGAGCGCCACUGCGGCGCCGCCGAGCUGCUGGAGAUCUGCGGCAGCAUCAUCAACGGCUUCGCCGUGCCGCUCAAGGAGGAGCACCGCGCGUUCCUGGCGCGCGUGCUGCUGCCGCUGCACCGGACGCGGUGGGUGCACACGUACCACCGCCAGCUCGCCUACUGCGUGCUCCAGUUCGUGCACAAGGAGCCGGGCCUCGCCGACGCGGUGGUCACGGACAUCCUGCGCCACUGGCCCGUGACCAACUGCCAGAAGGAGGUGCUGCUCAUCGAGGAGCUCGAGGAGAUUCUCGAGGUGCUCGAGCCCAAGCACUUCCAGAAGCUCGCCGUGCCCAUCUGCUCCCGGAUCGCCCGCUGUGUCAGUAGCUACAGCUCUCAGGUGGCGGAGACGGCGCUGUACGUGUGGAACAACGAGCGGUUCGUGGAGCUGGCGACGGCGUCGCCGGGGGUGAUGGAGAAGAUCCUGCCGGCGUUCGUGGCGAGCGUGGAGAGCAACCUGGAGCUGCACUGGAGCAAGUGCGUGCAGCAGGUGACGGCCAGCGUCAAGUCCCUGCUCCAGCAGGUCGCGCCCGACCUGUACGCUGGGUGCGCCGACGACGUCGCCACGCGGCGGUCCGAGGCCGAGGUCGCCGCCGCCGUGCGGGACGCCCGGUGGCGCAAGCUCGAGACGGCCGCCGCCGCCAAAUAG